GAGCCGGGCACGAAGAAGAUGAAGACGUCCACUUGGAAACACGAGGAGAUUCCAGAUCUUCUGGUGAUGAGGGCCGACCCGGUGUGGAUGAGCUGUAAACAACAACACUGAUCUUUCCACAGCAGAGUUUGUACGUCAUGUCCCGCCUCCUGCUGCUCUCCAGGCUCCACCCCUCGCCUGGAUGUUCCCACAUGUUCCUGUUCGAACGAGUCGGACCCGACAACCUGCUGCUGCUGCUCAACAAACACCAACUACACAACAUGUCAGGACAGAGUUCAUGUGUAGCUUCACAACUAGAUGUCACUGAAUAUCGUGUGUGUAUUCAGUGUGUACAUCCAGAGCGCUCAGCCUUUAAAGGUCAUUGUGAGACUGGACAUUGGGCGAGAGGCGGGGCUUACCCUGGGUUGGUCAUCAGCCAAUCACAGGUCCAACAUAAAGAGACAACCAACCAAUCAGUCUCCAGUUCAGUCUGCAUGUGUCUGGACUGUGGGGGGCAGUGGGACACAACAGAGAGAACAUGUGAAUCCUCACAGGGAGAAUUCAGGAUUCAAACUGGCAACCUUUCUGACGGUGGAGUUGUUAUGGAAACCUGUUCUGUGGACUAAAAUCAGACGGACUCUUAAUUAGUUUGGUUUGUUGUUAAUUAAAGAGUUUACACAAACACACACACACACACACACACACACACACACACAUAAUCUGAUUACCAGAUUUGUAAUCCUGCAGUUCAGAGACUCGCUGCUGCUGCUAAAUACAGACACAUGCUAACACACUGUAGGCUAACGGAAGCUAACAGGCUAACAACAUGCACACACACAUGUCCCUUCCUAUGUGGGUGGAGCUAGAGAGGGACAAGGAGGACGUGGGAGGGAGUCUGGAUGGGGCGGAGUCUGGUCGGUGUGGGCGUGUUUUCAGUUAUGAUCCAGAUAUUAUUUAUAAAGCUGCUGACUGUGUGUGUGGUUGUGUGUGUGAUUGUGUGUGUGUGUGUGAAGAGGUUGAAUGUGUCGUGCGUUGAGUCGAUAUGAAGCUUCUCACCUCCGACAGCUGAAGGAUAAAGUGAGGCGGAGUCCCUCAGGAUCUGGUCACGAUGGGGGGGGCUACCUCGGUCUGGAGGAGGCGGCUCUACGGGCUCAGAGGCGACCAAUCACAGAUAGACGAGGCCGCUGGCACUCACAGGACCUGGACGCUCGUGAGCGGCGGCGGCAGGAGGAGGAGUUUCAGGCCCGGUACCGCAGUGACCCAAACCUGGCUCGUUACCCGGUGCAGCCGCAGCCGAGCGAGGAGAACAUGAGGAUUCUGGCGCAGGUCGGCCGGGUCCGACAUCAACGGCGCCACAGUGACGUCUCCCUGGCACCGGCUGAGCCCGACCACCUGACCCUGAGGCACACAGUUCACCGUCACAAUCGACCUCAGGGAUUAUUCGGAUCUGAAGGUCAGAGGUCAUUCUCUGUGGACCGGGCAUAUAAUCACAUGAGCCCCACGCCCCCCCGCCGCAGCCCGCUACCCCAGCAACACCUGGACCCGAGCUCCGCCCAUAAGAGGAAGGCAGCCAAUGAGAGCAUGGUGCAGAGAGGGCGGGGGAUGGGGAAGAUGCACGUGAUUGGUAGCUUCAGCAGCUCGGAGGAGGAGCUAGUGACCAGUCCAGAGUACACCAGCUGUGACGAGCCUGACAGAGACAUGGACAGCCAGUGGUGGGACCAUGGUUCCUGGCGUGGCGAGCCUGGGCCCAUGUCUAUGCAUCCGGUCACAUGGCAAACGUCCAAGGAUGGAGAGCGUCUGAUUGGUCGAAUUCUUCUGAACAAGCGGAUGAAGGACGGGACAGUUCCUGCGGAUACGGGAGCGCUGCUGGGACUCAAGGUUGUUGGUGGGAAGAUGACGGAUUCUGGUCGUCUCUGUGCAUUCAUCACCAAGGUGAAGAGAGGAAGUCUGGCUGACACCGUGGGACACCUGAGACCAGGUGAUCAGGUUCUGGAGUGGAACGGCAGGGUUCUUCAGGGAGCCACGUUUAAUGAAGUUUAUAACAUCAUCCUGGAGUCUAAACCAGAACCGCAGGUGGAGCUGGUGGUGUCCCGACCCAUCGGAGACGUGUCCAGGGCAGCAGACGGUUCCCACAUCCAGCUGGUCUCCAGUUCCAGUUCCUUCGACUCACAGAAGGUCGGCCCGUCCAUCUCAGUCACAUCUCCCAUGAGCCCCAGUGUUCUUUCCGGACAAGUCUCGACUGUGAACAGGCGUCCUCUGGUUCCCAGAAUUCAGGUGAAGCUCUGGUACGAUAAAGUCGGUUAUCAGCUAAUCGUCACAGUUCUUGGAGCCAAAGAACUUCCCUCCCAAGACGACGGCCGACCCAGGAACCCUUACGUCAAGAUCUACUUCCUGCCUGACAGAAGUGAUAAAAGUAAGCGGAGGACGAAGACGGUAAAGAAGUCGUUGGAGCCUCGGUGGAAUCAGACUUUCAUGUACUCUCCGGUCCACCGGAGGGAGUUCAGAGAACGCAUGCUGGAGCUGACUGUCUGGGAUCAGGCCCGGCUCAGAGAGGAGGAGAGUCAGUUCCUAGGAGAGGUGCUGAUUGAACUGGAGUCGGCUCUGUUGGACGAUCAGCCUCACUGGUACAAGCUCCAGCUUCACGACGUUUCCUCUCUGCCACUGCCCAGUGCCUCCCCCUACCUGCAGAGGAGAGGACUGCAGCCUGAGCCCAGUCAGACCAGCAGGCGGCUGCAGAGGUCUCAGAGGAUCAGUGACAUUGAGUUCUCAGAUUACGACUGUGAAGACGGCAUCGGGGUGAUAUCAGAUUACAGACAGAAUGGGCGUGACUUCCAUAGUUCCACCCUCUCAGUGCCAGAGCAAGUGAUGUCGACCAAUCAGUGCUCCCGAUCCGAUCUGGUCCGGAUGAGGUCUCGGUCACCGAGCCAACCGCUGCCUCACAGCAGUGGCAACCCUCUGUACCCGCUGUAUCGAGAAGACGCUGUGCGACUGCUGCGAGGUUCGAAGCUGAGCCGAGCGUAUUCUGACGCCGGCCAGUACAGCAGUCUGGACAGGAGAUCACUGAGGAAAAUGUCUGUUACCAACUCGCUCGAUUCUCAAGACAGAUAUAUGAACGGUCCGUACCACGCUCCCUGGACAAACCCCACGAUGAAUGGAAACUGUGAGGACUACAGUCAGGACUUCAUCCCAGACUUCCCCUACGACCCCGACACCUACGAUGAGGAUGUACACAGAGUUAAUCCUCAAAGUGGAUCGACCCAGACGAGUCCGUCAGGAACACCGGUCUGUGGCCGCCGAGUGCGCCAGCUGCCCAUCGCCCCCCCCAAAGGAGCUCUGGACAGAGAUGGAGAACUCCCUGACACUGUGCAGACAGUUUUGGCCACGUCUUCCACGGGAGCACCACCUUCAGCCCCUCCCACUUCCCACAUACAAACCCCUACUGUUAGCCUUCAACCAGUACCUCCUCUUAUACGAAUCCAAGCCCCGCCUCCUCCUGGACCUGUACUGCCUCACCUAAGCCCUGCACCUGGACCUACACCAGCACAUGCACCUGCACCUGCACCAGCACCUGCACCAGCACCUGCACCAGCACCAGCACCAGCACCUGCACCAGCACCAACACCAGCACCAGCACCAGCACCUACACCAGCACCUGCACCAGCACCAACACCAGCACCAGCACCAUCUGCGGGAGCCCCAACCCCGGCUCCUGAAAUUUUACCGACUUCUACACCAGCACCUGUUGCAGCCACACCUGCAGCUUCCCAAGUCCAACCAACUAACACAACAGGCGCCCAAGCCCCACCCCCAGCUCCUGUGGUCCAAUCACAGUCACCUCUUGAACCUGACCUGCCCCCUGCACCUACUCCAGCACCUGCCCCCUCCCCAGCCCCGCCCCCACAGACUCCAGAGCCUGAAACGUGCUCAGCAGCAGCUGGAGGGACCAGGAAAGAGGUCACAUGGGAGGACCAGCAAAAGAAAGCUGCCAAUGGUGUGAUGAAGGAUCCGUCAAAGGUGAGGGACAGCUUGUCCUUUAAAUCAUCAGACAGUGACGUCAGCGACGUGUCGGCCAUGUCCAACGCCUCCGACACUCGAUCUGCACCACCACUAAGCCGGUCGGAGGCCCUAGAUGGUCAAUCAGUGGAGUUGGGGGCGGGAACAGAGGGAAAACAGGAAGUAGCGGCAGAGGGCGGAGCCUUACUGCAGAAGAGCGAAUCGAUGGAAGAGGCCGAGGAGGAGGAGGAGGAGGUCAAGCCUUCAAAGCCGGCCCCGGUGGCCGGAGCUCCUCUCACGAAGUCCUCAAGUGUCGGGGGGGAAAUCUGCUCGUUGGGCAGGAAUGACGACGACGACGAUGAGAAGAAGCGACGCUCGAGUUUCGGAGCGAGGAUGAUGGGGAUGGUCGGACUGGGAAAGAAGAGUCAGAGCGCCUCGCAGCUCAACCCAGAAGAGGAGGAGAAGAAGAAGAAGGUGGUUAGACUUCCUGUCCAGAGGAGCAUAGAAACCGGUUUGGCUGUUGAGUUCAAAUCUCGUUUCACCAGACAACCGAGUCGUGACCCGGACGCUGAGGACCCCAAACCUGGAGCGUUGAUCUUUCCGGGUGUGAAGUUGGCAUCGGACCAACAGUUCACUGGGUUCCUGGAAGGAUUAGGCCCCGCCCAGCUGGCUGGACGGCAGACCCUGGCCACGCCCCCCAUGGGUGACAUCCAGAUUGGGAUGGUGUUCAGGAAGGAGCGUCUGGACGUGGAGGUGAUUCGAGCCCGGGGGCUCGUGGGUAAACAAGGCAACAAGAACACUCCAGCUCCGUAUGUGAAGGUGUACCUGAUGGAUAACGGGAAGUGUGUUCUGAAGAGGAGAACUCGUAUGGCUAGAAAAACACUGGAUCCACUUUAUCAACAACAGCUGCAGUUUGAGGAGAAUCCAGAGGGAAAAGUCCUGCAGAUCAUCGUGUGGGGAGACUACGGCAGAAUGGACCAUAAAUCCUUCAUGGGCGCUGCUCAGAUCCUAUUGGAUGAUCUUGACCUGUCCAUCAUGGUGAUUGGCUGGUUUAAACUGUUUCCUGCCACCUCAUUGGUGGACCCUGCCUUGGCGCCUCUGACCAAUAAGGAGACUGAGGGCAAGUCGUAGUGUCAGGAGGCGGGACUAACCACACCUCACAGUAACGAGAGGGGGAGGAGGGGACAUGCUGUCUCCGGGUGGUCCUCAGAAGAAGUCCCAUGAUUCUCCUCCUCUGUUGCAUGCUGCAUGAUGACGUCACAGUGAUGUGUAACAGCGUCAUGCAAUGUCACUGGGAGGAGAAGGGAGGCUCCGCCCCCUGAUGGUGACACAGAACCACCCAUACACAAGACAAGGCCUCGUACCAGAGGAUGCUGGGAAAAGAAAGGACAAGAGAAGCCACGUGACCUCCAGUGGCCAGCCAAUCACAGCAUCUCCUCAGGAGUCAUGUGACUGUUACGAGGCCUGUCCAGAACCCAUAGACUCCAGGUAGUUUCCGUGGCGAUGCAGGAGUACGGAGUUCUGGUUCUUUUUGUUUUUGGAACGAUGAGAGAACAUGAAACUUCCACUGGGAAGAACUUUAAAGAAAAAGAGAACAUCGCCUGCAACGUCAAAAUAAAAGAUUCUCAAAGAUCA